CUAGUCGGUCCAAAAUGACGGUCCACCGUACGUCACCCGCUUCCUCUCGGCACGUACGUAGCCGUACACAAGUGACGCAAUUGGCUUUUUCAAUGUCUUAUCUACAGCGAGGUAUGUUGUCAUUCGGCCAGUGAACGCCGCUCUGCGCGCACGUCGCACUCACGCGCAUAUCUUUGUUUCAUUUCUACUUUAUUACUUUUGUUGUCGAGGGCAUACGAGCGAAUUGCGCGGCCGCAUUUUGUCAGUGUUUUGAACUCUUUGUGACAUUGAGUGACACAUUUUAUAUAAAACGAGGCCUCUACGAUGUUGAUGUCAGGAUUUUUCAUCAUAUCGCCCGACUUUUCUUUAAGAAUGACGCCACAAGAAGAACGAGAGAGCGCGCGCGGUGCGGAGAUUGCAGACGCGUUCGAGGACGACAUGUUUGGACCGCCCCGUACGGAACCCGCCGCACGGCCCAAACUCUCGAUGAUUUCUGCGAGGCUGCGCGCUAACGAGGAGCGCAAGAGGGUCAUCGAGAUCUGUUCACAAAAAUUGGAGAACAUAGAGGACCCCGCGAGAGAUUUGCGCCGUUCCGUUUGCAUCAAUAACACAUAUUGUCGGUUGAGUGAAGAGGCAAGGAAAGAAAAGGAGGCGAGGCGACGCCGGGCGCGGGAAGAAUGCGAUGAUUCGUCAUGGGUCGGUAAAAAGGCCCGGCGUGCUGUGGAGGACGAAUGUUUAGCUCUAUUGGAUGCCAUCCCCGAGUUGGGUGACGCUAACCUCGGAUGCGCACAGCUAGCGAGGCAGAUGCCGCGACAGGACGUGCCUCUGUUGCCUCCCGGGCUGUUGACAGUGUUGGACUCAUGACCGCGUCGCGCCGCCCCCCUACCAGCUCCGCUGUGAUGCUAGAAUUUUGUGCUUCAGAGUUAUCUCAUUCGCCCCGAGCCCGCGACCCCGCUCGCAUGGUCUUCGGCGGUGACCCAUCCUUACCCGGAAUGGAUGAUUAGCAAAUACUUUGUUGUCUAAGAAGAGUACUUACUUUGUUAGCGUGUUUUUAUUAUUUAGUGAAAGUUGCUCAGGCGCUGCCGACGGGCGCGGUCCAAUUAGUGUUCAACGAUUAUUUUUACCGAACGGAGGACACACUUGGUUAUCGCGUCGUGUGACGCGGAGAGCGAGAAUUAAGGACGUUUAUCGUUUUUAUUGAAUGAUUAGUUGUUAAGCUACAAUUAAAAUGUUACAUUAUUAUAAGUAAAUAAAUGAUAGUGAUUUUAAGAGAUAGUGCAAAACGACUGGGAACGGUAGCGUGGACAUAGUGAGCAAUAUGAGAGUAUUCAUGAUUCGAUGUCAGUACGUAAUACGCGGAGUGGGCCACUCGUUUCGUAUUUUGAAUCCAUUCUAGCCGACACGAGUUCUCGGUGAAAUUACGAGACUCUAAAUUAGUAACUAAUUAAAUACUUACAAUUUACUGCUAUAACGUCAAUAAGAAAUGAGACAAUCAUGAAAUUUUUUUGUGAGCGAAGUUCAAAUGGAAAUAAUACAGUAGAGUUAGCGACGUGUGCUCUGCUCUGACGUGUACAGGAAAGUGUGUGUGCGUGAGCGUCAUCGACAUUGGCCAACAUUCGACCGCCAACGCGAAUGGCCGGUCAUGCAUUUUAUUAAAAGUCUGACUUUUGAGUUUCGUUACAUCUUAUCUUUCAUAUUUUUUUUAUAUAUAAUAUGUUUUUUAAAGAAUUUGUUACCUGAUCAAUUAUGUAUUUUGUGUUACCAUUAAAAUUAAAUAGUAUGAUUGGUUAAACUUUUAGUUUUACGUCCAAUUUUAUUUAAUUUUGUUAAGUAAAAAAAGGAUCUAGCAGUGCAAUUAUUUAAUUGUUGUGCAAUUUGUGAAAACAAAAGUUCUUUUGAAAUCUUAAUUGUCGCGAAAUAUAUUGGUAGUAGCCCGUUUCGCCCUCUCUGAAUAGUAAAUAGGUACGUGGAGGGGCGCGGUCGUGGUAGUGGGGGGAGAAUAGGGCGGGGGCCGCCCAGGGAGAGGGGGAAACUCCGCGCCGUUCCCAGCACUCCUGUGAUAUUAGCCUAGCCUGUGUGUCGUAUUUGUGCUAGUUUCCCCAAUCUUGUUUGGAUUGCGAUGUAUAAAAAAAAGCUUCGAAUUUGAAAAAGUUGAUUUCAACCUCUAUUGGCCAUUUUAUACGGAUAUAACCGGAUAUUGUAGUCGUUUAAUCGACUGUAGUCGCAUUUAGUAGAUUUGUCGUCUAUUGAACGUCGAGAUUUGUUUUUAUAUGAUUUUCGUUUGUAUGUAUUGUUGACAAUCAUUAUGUAUUAUAAAAUUUUAAAUGUUAGAAGCUUGUACGUAUUAUAAUUAUACUCAGAAACAGCUAUUGUUGAGCUGUAAGAGACCAUUACUAAGUCAGAGAUGAAUGCGUAAAAACGUGUUCUAAUUCAAUAGUUGUUAUAUCGAAAUACAACCAAAAAUGUAUUUUACAAACGAUAAAAUAACGCACAUAAUGUAAUUGUAAGUAUGUAGUUUUUUUUCUUUUCAUAUGAAACACGCCACGUUCAAAAACCUAAUUGUAAAUUAAUAUAUUGUUAAGAGAAAUAAUAAGAGCACAUGAGUGACCAAAAUUGUAUCAUGGCAAAUGUAUUUUUAAUUUCAAUCUUGGCUUCCAUGAUGUCGGAGUUUGUGAGAUUUAUAUAGUGUAUAAAUAAAUUAUUUCUUACCAAACCUCUAAUUUUAAUUAUGCGAGAAUCUGGAGCGAACGAAACGCUAUAAUUCACUAUUUCUUUAAUUAAUACAACGGUUGGAAAUCAUCCUUUGACAAAUACAGUUUCUUAAACUGGUAAAGAAACUAAUUUAUAAUACCGACGAGAGUACUAACAGUAACGCUUCGGGUUAUUUCUAAAAAUAAAUAGUUUAUUCAUAACGUUAUUCGGUCAUCGUUUAAAAUUAGAUCGAUUUAGGUAUAUGGCGGUGCGAGCAAUUAUUGUAAAAUCUUACUACAAUGCACACAUUGGUAAAUCUAUAAAGUACAAAUCUUAAUCAAAAUUUGAAUAACGCAAAUUACAUUACCAUAUUGUAGUUAGAACUUCCUUAUAGUUAUUUUUAACUAAUAAAGUACUAAUUUGCACUCGACAUAAAAAGAACAGAAUAUUGAAGACUAUCAGAUUAUUGGAUCAGCACGCGAAGUUCUCAUAUCUCGCUCGCACUCGCUAGUAAUGAGGGAGAUGAAUAGCGAUCGAAUCUUAACUCUCAAAGGGAAAUACAUUAGCGUCCACCGAAGGUCAAUACUACAGUUAUUUAUCAAUACUCAGAAGCAAUAAUUACAUAGCAAUAGGAAUUAAAAAUAAAUCAAAAGUACAAUCCCCUAAAAAUCAAGGAAACCUAAAUAUUCGAAUUUUGAACUGAUCACAUUAAACUUUUGAAAUAUAUACUUUUACUUUAUAUUUUUCAAAAAAGGAAUUUUCUUAUUUUUAUCUUAACCUAUUAGGCUAUUCAGAGACAUUAUGACAAAUUUAAUUUUGGAACGUAUAUCAUCAUUGCAUUUGAGACUGUUUUGAAAUGUAUUUAAGUUUGUUUUUGUUUUUAACAUUAGAUUUUGUAACUUAUGUUUUCCUAUGCGGUUGUUUCCUUUGCCAAUGAUAAAGUUGGCGAUUUUUUUUAAAUAUUAUAUAAUCGAACAAGCAAUAUCUAUCUGUAUUAACAAAAAGGCAAGGUUUACAUUGAAGUAACGAAGUUAAGAUGCGUUUUGUAAAUUUUAUCAUAAUUUUAUUAUUGUGAUUAGCUGCUAUUUUAUAAAUGUUUCCUGUCUUAAGCUAAGAGAUGAUUAAAUAAAAAUAAAUUUAAAAUUGAAACUUUUCUUAUUAUUUCAUCAGUUAUUCCUUUGUUGAUAGCCAUUCAAUUAUUUUAUUUUAGUAAAUUAUUUUGAUGAAAAUCAUACAGAUAAUUUGUGAAUAGACUACAUCAAAAUAUACUCGUAAAUUCCGGCCCAUCAUCCAAAGGGGAAACUGUGCAGUAAGAAAUGGGAAUU